AAACCACUCUCCGUGUUCCUUCCUUUUGGCUUUUCCCUUUCUCUUCAUUCUUCCACUCUUCAACCACUGCUGAUUCCCAAGUCUCUCUCUUUCUCUCUCACAUGCUUCAAAUUAGAUUCAAAGAUCGUAACUUUGGCAUUCAGAGAGAGUAACUGUGUCUGUGUGUGUGUGUGUGUGUGAGAGAGAGAGAGAGAGAGAGAGAGAGACGAUGGAAGAAGCGCUGAAGGUCUAGUUCAACGCACCAAACGCAGAAAGCGGGUUCCUUUGUUGUCUUAUGGCAUGCCUCUCGAAGAAGAAGAAGAAGCACUGCCUGCAACUGCAACCACUCUUUUCAAUUUCCAAUUUUGACCCUCUUUUGGACCACCCCAUCAUCAUCAUCAUCAACUCACUCUCACUACACCUUCUUCAUGGCCAAUCACAUCUCUUCUUCUUGCUUUCUUCAUGGCCCCUUUCACCUACUCUUCCUGCUCUCCUUCGCUCAAAUGGUGCCCUUAACAGUGCAAACAUUCACCGGAACAUACGGUAUAAAUUAUGGGAGGAUUGCAGAUAACAUCCCCUCACCUGAUCAAGUUGUUACUCUUCUCAGAGCAGCAAAAAUAAGGAAUGUUAGAAUCUAUGAUGCUGAUCACAGUGUUCUCAAGGCAUUCAGUGGAACUGGGUUUAAUCUUGUUAUUGGACUUCCCAAUGGGCAGCUGCAAGACAUGAGUUCGAACGCAGAUCAUGCUCUGAACUGGGUCAAAGACAAUGUGCAGUCGUUUCUUCCGGGCACGCCUAUUCGUGGAAUUGCUGUGGGGAAUGAAGUUUUGGGUGGGGAAGACUACAGUUUGUGGGGGGAACUUUUGGGUGCUGCAAAAAAUAUUUAUAACGCUACGAAGAAACUUAAUCUACAUGAGCAAAUUGAGAUCUCUACGGCUAACUCGUUUGCUGUAUUUUCGAAUUCAUACCCUCCCUCCUCUUGUAAGUUUAAGGACAGUGUUACUCAGUAUAUGAAGCCACUAUUGGAGUUCUUCUCACAAAUUGGCUCUCCUUUCUGUUUGAAUGCUUACCCUUCCCUAGCCUACGCAAGUGAUCCGGAACAUAUAGAUUUGAAUUAUGCUCUCUUUCAACCGACAAAGGGAAUUUAUGAUCCGAAGUUUCGUCUGCACUAUGAUAACAUGCUUGAUGCUCAGAUUGAUGCAGCUUAUUCUGCUUUGGAGAAUGCUGGAUUCAACAAAAUGGAAGUCAUAGUUACUGAGACUGGGUGGGCCUCGAAUGGAGAUCCAAAUGAAGCCGGAGCAAACAUGACUAAUGCGAGGACGUACAAUUAUAAUCUGCGUAAAAGGCUUGCGAAGAGGAAAGGAACUCCACAUAGGCCUAAAAAUAUUGUGAAGGCAUACAUCUUUGCGGUUUUCAAUGAGGAUUCGAAGCCUGGAGCAAGUUCUGAGAGGAACUAUGGACUGUUCAAGGCAGAUGGUAGUAUAUCAUAUGAUAUUGGGUUUCACGGACUUAAUGCAGCGCGAUCAUCUCACUUAUCUCUGAAGAGUAUAAGUGCUGAUAGCAUGGCCACCAUGAUAGUAUCUCUGUGUGCUUUGAUGCUGCUGAUUUUCUGAUGAAGGGUUUUGACAUGCCACUGUAUACAAUUUCAUUGUCAUAUUCUCAUAAAAAGCAAUAUCAAAAAAUGCUGAUGUCCUUUUUUUUGAACUCAAUAUUCAGCAAAUGCCUAAUCAUUUAUAUAUACAUUCACAUAAA